UUACAUAUAUAUCGUUAUUUGCACUUUAAAAAGUAUCGUUUUUGAGAAAUAUGAAUAAUUUAAGAAAUAAAUGUCAUAAUAUAUGACAAAAGUAUAAUAAAAUAUGAACGCGCAUGCGUAAUUUCAGCAAAUCGAAAUCACUGUACAACUUUAAGCAGAUAUACGAGAGACGCGUGCUAAAGUUAACCUCGACGGUUGCAUGCACGACCACGUUUAGAUAGCAAAUCAGUAUUUAUAUCAUAUAGGGCAGUAAUGGCGAAAGCAAAUAUGGUUAAAAAUAUAAAAAAGCGAUCAGCGAGUGUGUCUGGGAUAACUGAAAAGAAAACAGAAACAUCAGGAAAUAUCAAUAAAGAUUUUAAGAAGAAGAAAACAGAAAAUGGAACUGUACAAAAUGGACAACCAAAUAAGCAAAUUACUAAGAAUUCACCUAAGAAAUCUAAAAAUGAAAAGAAAAAUAAUGAUUUAGGAAUUGCUCAAAAUCCUAAGAAAAAGGAAACAAAUGAAGCUAUUUUACAAAAAAGUAAGAAGAAAACAUUAAGUACGGCGGAACUGUUGAAAUUGAGACAAGAAUACCGUAAGAAACGUAAAGAAAAUAGACUGUCGCAAACACAUUUGUCACCAGCUAAUUUAUCUGUUGAAAACAUAAAAAAGAAAAUUGGAUCAAUAGAAAAACGAGAGGAACUCACAAGAAGCGCUAAGAGGAAACUAGCAGCACUUAAAAAAAAGUUACGAGUAGAGGAAGGAGUAGGCAAGGUAGAAAAAGGAAAGAAUGAGAAGUCACUAGAAAUUGUGAAACAAAAACAAAUACAAAAUGCAAAGCCAAUGCAAGGGAAAGUGGAUGCGAAGUCAAAUAAAGAGAAUAAAAAGAAAAAUGCUAAACAAAGUAAAACUCUUUUAAAGCAAAAAAAUGAGGGAAAUGAUGACGAUGAUGAAGAAGAUGAAGAAAAUGAGGAUGAUAUGGAGAUAGAUGAUGAAUUAAGUGAAGAUGACGAUGGAACUGAUGUAGAAGAAGGUGAUGAAGAUGAUGACGACGAUGACGACGACGAUGAUGAUGAUGAUGAAGAAGAAGAAGAUGAUGAUGAUGAUGAUGACAACGACGGUGAUGCGGAAGAAGAGGGUAAAAAUGACAAGAAUAAUGAACAAGGCAAAGACAAUGAAAUUAAAACAAGUAAUGUACAAAAAGGAAAAGGGAAAUCUGCAAAUGUAGAAGAAGAUGGCAAGAAGAAAAGAUAUGUCCUUUUCGUAGGAAAUUUGCCAUAUAAUAUUACUAACGAAGAACUUAAAAAACACUUCUUAACUAAGGUCAGUCAAGUAGUCGAUAUUAGGAUACCUAGGAAAGAUGCAAACACAGCACGUGGAUUCGCUUAUGUUGAGCUGGCCAAUAAUACAGAUUAUGAGAAAGCACUUUCAUUAAAUCAUUCAUUUGUUAAUGGAAGAAGGAUAAAUGUGCAAUAUUCUGGACCUGACAGGAAAACAGCUGUUGCAAAGAAUUUCAAAUUACAUGCUCUGCAAAAGGCAGGAAAAUUUGCAGGUGGAAGAAACAGAUAUAAUCAGAAAUAUGCAAAUAACAAGGGAAAGCAAAAUAUGCGAACGGUGAAAACAUAAUUGUUAAACCAAUAGAAGUAAUUUGAAAUAAAUGUUUAAACCUAUCUUCGCUACUUUCCCUAGUUGGACAUUUAGAAUUAAGUUUUUUUAUGUAAUCAAUAUCAUUAAUUGUAAAGACCUACAUGUUGGAUAAUACAUAUAAAAGUUUUAUGUACUA